AAUUUAAUCUUUAUUAUUUAUUCUCACGUGUUUCCUUAUUCAAAAAUUCAUUGCUUACAACAAAGUAUUCAAAAGGCGCCGGUUGUUCAUUGAGCUCUAAAAGAGAAACAAAGGGCAUAAAAGGAAAAUGGCUGAUGACAACGUCUCAUUCACGGAUGCAGGUGACCCAACACAAGGUGCUAAACCUCAAGGAGGCUCAUCAGCAAUGCUGGAUCUGCUCGGAGCACUGGACAAGAAGGAAGAGAAGAAGAAGAAGGAUAAGAAGGGCAAAAAAGGAAAGAAGUCGAAAGGAAAGUCAAAGACCAAGAAAGUCAGAAAGGCCGACAAGUUCGAAUCGCAGAACUUCUUGUUUCGAAUCGAGGGAACCAUCUUUUGUGCUGGAAUCGUUGUCGGAUUGGUGGUGCUGCUCGUCUUCAUCGCAGUUGCAAUCUUCUUUAGCGUGAAGGCUGGAGGAAACAUGGUGCACUACAUUCAUCCAUGGUGGGGAGGACUUGAGGAAUCUUCUGCGAAUUGAGAGAUGAACCAAAAGAAACGACAAAAUGACAAGCCGGCUUAUUUUUAAAAGUGUCAAUUCUAUUUGACACUAUUCAAUAAAGUAUUUAUUUAUG